AAUUUCUCCACGACGUUCGCCAAUUGGCGAAUAUACUAAGGCAAAAAUAAAUAUUUAUUGGCGAAUUUCAUACUAGAGAUUCGCCAAUUGGCGAAUUUCAUACUAGAGAUUCGCCAAUUGGCGAAUUUCGUGGGGAAUUUCGCCAAUGGUGAAUAUACUGUUGGCGAAAUUCCAGAUUGGCGAACUUACAUAAAGCCAUUUAGAUACGACAUCAACAUUUAUUGGGGAUGAUAAUAAGGUCUAUUCAUCGACAGAACAAGUAUGGAAUGAAGAAAUGAAAACACAUUUUGAUGCUAUCACGCAAAAUACGAAACGUACAAUUGAUUUAACAUUCUCGACCAAUGUUCAUAAUACACCACUAACCGUUGAAAUUUGUUUCGUGAUGAAUUGUACGGAUUCAAGGGAAAGUUCGAUUGAAGCUUGUUAA